GCCACGACCACACAAAAGAGAGAGAGUGUGCCCCGUUUGUGGAAGUGAGGCAGCAGCUCAUCAUGGAGGUGGCUGCAAUGCUCCGUCAAAAGCUAAUGGACUCCCUUAAGCGGAAGCGGGAGAGGGAAGAAGACGCAGAAGAUGGCGAGAUACUCGAGAGCAGCGGGACGCAGGAAGCCGCCCAUCGUCAAGGACAACGGGCUCAGACAGCGUCUGCUCCUGUUGCAUUAGCAGCGCAGCCAUCUGCGUUUCCUCCCCAGCCAUGGCUACCGCCUGUCCCUGUCGCAGGGUGGGCUCAGUCAAUGGAUUUUGUGAUCCCACCUGGACUGCGUACGCAGACUAAAACACCGCCCAUACAUCCACAACUACAGUCGCUUCCUGGUAGUGCUAUUCCUACACCUCGCACAGGGUCGCCAAAGUCAACAAUUGCAUCGGAGAAUGGUAAAGGCCGCAAGCUGGGCUCUAUGAAACAUUCUACGCUUGUAAUUGAACUCGAUAGUGACGCAUCUGACGAUGAAUCUGCUCAAGCGCAAGCCGCGGCUGAUCGUCAUGCCUCAAUUGCUUCUACAGCACUUCGGAUUGAACAAGAACAAAAAUUGAAGGCGAUGGAAGCGAAGAUUGCUGCAGCGAUGGCUGCCAUCAAGCAAAAAGAAGAGCAAGCGCUGGAGAUGGCUGGACCCCACUCAGCACCAAGUUCGCCCGAACAAGCUAUGCCCCGGUAUGAGCCAUUGAGGGAGCCUCGAUUUACGCUUGUGCCGGACAUUGCCAAAGCCAUGUUGACUAUCGGUGAAGCUUCCGAGGGACAAAGGCGGAAACGACGUGCUCCAGACAUGCAAAAUGGCCACUACUCAGCGCCCCAUACAACUCAAAACACAAACAUUGAGGAGCACGCUGAAGAAACAGCAAGGGAGCCUUCUCCACGACCCGACUUCUCGGCGCUUCUCCAGGCUAAUGAACAGGCCUUGCAAGCCAUCAAGCAGCAACAAGAUGAGAAUGAUCGGGGAAUCUACAUGCAACAGCGGACGCUCACUAUUCUUCAGAGCAAAGAUAACGAGCUGCAAAACCGACGCGCAGAACUCGCAACGGAAGAGAUCCACGCGACCACACAAUUAGCCGCCUUCAAACUACAGGUUGAGCAGCUCAUGCUCGAGAUGAACGCGUUCGAGGCCAAAGCAUUGGAUAUCUCAAGGCAGCGUGUCGAGAUUGAUCACAUCAUCGAGUCUUCACAGCAAGUUCAGGAAGACUUGAAGGAGAAGAUCAACAGUUUGAUAAACAAGCGUGGCGGCUUCCGCGAGCAAGUGGAAGCUGCUCAAAAAGCUCUCAAGUCUGCGCAGGCGCUUCAAGGACAAAGCUUUGCCAAUGUCAGGCCAGGUCGCGUUGCUCAGAUCCCUCAAAACCACGCUUCGUCGUCAAUGAAUGGCACUGGAUCGCCGCCUCGGCCAAGCAAGCGGCGAACAAAGUACCUUCGUGAGCCAGAAAGGGUAGAGCCAGGGUUGAGCCUUGCAGAAAUCUACUCCAACUCCCCGACACUUACGCCUGAACAAGCUGCAGAAGAGCUGCAAAAGCGACAGCUGGCUCAGCAAGCAUCGCAGCAGGCUGAUCCCCUCCGAAAGCUUGGUAAGUCGACGCUCGAUAAGUCGACGCUCGAUUCAAUACCGGCGUCUGUAGUCACGACAAAUGUGGUUCAGCCUGUCGAAAACACGAAGCAGAGCACCAGACCAGCAGCGCAGCCUGCACCUUUGACUAAGGACACUGCCAUUAAUGAACCACCCACUCAGACCACGUUGCCCGGUCGCUCAACAGAGCAGGCGAAUGAUGCCAUUGACUCACUAAAGCAGGUACCUCAGCAGUCGAAUGGAUACCCAUCGCGCUACAUCUCGCCGCUUCACCAAUUCAAAUCGUAUAAGUUUCACCAAGAAUUUCCUCGCACAGUGUCAUCUGGCUUUCGUUCCAAAUCUUACUUCCACAAGAUCAACCACGAAAAGAUGUUUUGCGAGGCCGAGUGUCUUGGCGGAACCUGUUCGGUAGCGACUUGCUCGGCGCAGCAUUUUCAAAAGAUUGUCAUGACAGGUUGAGCCCAAGAUUCCCUCUUUUUUGCUUCUCCUUGUCGUAUUCUUGACAACCCCUGUUUUCCUGCAAGUUCACAAUGACCAAAGCGAUUGAGGUGCACAGCAAAGAACGAUGGAGGAGGAAUAAGGAGCUUCUUCAUGAAGGAGUACGCUGACCACUUUCCUUUUAGAUGAUGAAAUUCUCGUGGAACUGACCUCUGCGACACCCGCAGUUUUCACCACGGUUCCCGAGAAACAGGCCUACCGCGAAUCAUUGCGCAACUUGCUAAAAAAGCUACGCGACCAACAUGUGGACGACUUUCAUCGUGUUUCGCAGGCCAUUGUUCAGCACCGGCGGUCAACGCUUCCGGAUGCAACCUCCAGUGUGACCUCGGUGUUGCCUGCUUGAGCUUGAACACAAACCCUGGUCCCCUCGAUUGU